AUGGCGAGUUACGCGACCUGUACUGAAGUAGGCCCACGAUGCCCUGUUGAACUCACGACAUACGGUUAUUACCCCAGUUUUGGCGGAAACAUCUUCUUUACAGUCUUCUUUGCCCUACUCGGAAUAUGCCAAACAGGUCUCGGCGUCUACUACCGAACAUGGACAUUCUUGACAGCUCUCCUCAUUGGCACAUUUAUGGAAAUGGCCGGAUAUAUCGGCCGGGUUCUCAUGCAUGAUAACCCAUGGUCAGGACCUGCAUUCAAACUUCAGAUCGUGUGUCUGGUGCUAGCACCAACCUUCGUCGCGGCGGGUGUCUACCUAACAUUGAAGCAUAUCAUUCUGAGCUUGGGACCCGAACACUCAAUCUUGAAGCCGCGUCUUUUCACCUGGAUCUUCAUCGGAUGCGAUAUUGGAUCUCUCAUUUUGCAGGCUGCUGGAGGUGGUGUCGCUGCGGCUGCUGGCAAUGACCACUAUGCAUUACUCAAAGCAGGCGACAACAUUAUCAUCGCCGGUAUCGCUUUCCAGGUUGCAACCAUGGUUGUAUGUGCAUUCUUUGCUGUCGUCUUCUUCUGGAGGGUCUUCAAGCACGGUGAUGGCUUCUCGGGUGAGAAGAACCUCGAUGUUUCGCCAAUUGUUCCAAAGUGGAUGCCAUUCAUCGUGGGCGCCGAGGUCUUUGCCUACUUCACAGUCUUGAUUCGGUGCAUUUAUCGUAUCCCGGAGAUGGCUGGUGGCUGGGGUAACCCGCUGAUGCAGAAGGAGAAUGAGUUCCUUGUCUUGGACGGAAUGAUGAUUGCUCUGGCCUGUCUGGCCAUGACCAUCUUCCAUCCCGGAAUCUUCCUCCCAUCACUACGCUUCGCGCCCAAGAACCGUACAUAA